UUCCCAAUAUAAAGAAUCUUCGGAUUUCGCUUUUGCUUUCAAAAAAUAAAAAUUUUAUUUUUAAUUUUUUACGGAAAAAGAGAAAAAAAGGAAAAAAUGUAACUCAUAAGCCCAUACUUUUUUCCCCUCGAUUUCGAAUAUCGAAAAAAAAAAUACAUCCUGGAUUUGGUUUUGGUAUGGGGUUUUUGCUUCGAUGCUCAAAUUUUCUAAAUUCGAAAACAGAUUCUCCCUCUCUGGAUUUCACUUUCUAUUCUAGAUCGACCUCAGGUUCAGGGCUUCACCUUCCUUCGAUCGGCUGCUUCUCUGGCUCGUCGCUUACUGUUACUAUAUCUUCCGUGUUGUCGUUUUCUUAUCAUCUCGGAGAUUUCAUCUUUCUUUCACAGUAGGAUCGAGUACUGUUAUUGUGCGGCGUACUUGAAUUCAUGGGUUUAUUUUAAUCAGUAUGAUGUGAAUAUGGGUUUUGGUAGUGUGUUAAAGUGAAGUGGAUAUAAGGCUCAAGCAUUUUUAUCAUUCGACUUAUUUAUGCUUCAAGGUAGAGGUAGCUUGGAGGGUGAAUAGGAAUACAGUUUUGCUGUGAUUUGGUGGUACUUUUGAUCGUGGUAGAGUUUUUGGAAUGAGAAAUAAUACAAUUUGAAGAAUGGAUGAUGAUAGAGAGAUUGGGAUGUUGCUUCCUGGCUGGAACAAUCCAACUGAGUCUCGCAUUUUUAUUUUAUCUUGCUUUACUGCUGCUCUAGUUGGUAUUUUGACGAUAGCUUACACAGCUUUCCAAUGGAGAAGAAAUAUUAGUCUAAAUUGGAUGAAAGCGAUAGCCAGGUCAAAGAAGAACCCAAAGGCGAGGCACAAGGUUCCUGUAGCUUCACAUAAUUGGGUUCUUGAAUCUCUAUCUCGUGGAAAGAAUCUAAAUUGCUGUGUCUGUUUAAAAUCAAUGUCUCCUUCUCAAACUCUUGGGCCUAUGGUGGCGUCGGACAGUUUUCUUCAUCAUUGUAGCAUUUGUGGUUCAGCAGCACACCUAAGUUGUUCUUCAAGUGCUCAAAAGGAUUGCAAGUGUGUAUCUAUGGUUGGAUUGGAGAAUGUGAUGCACCAAUGGGCUGUUCGAUGGACAGAGAUGACAGAUCAACCGGAUGAAACUUCCUUUUGUAGUUUUUGUGAAGAGCCAUGUAGUGGGUCUUUUCUUAGUGGAUCCCCUAUAUGGUGUUGCUUGUGGUGUCAACGACUUUUACAUGUUGAUUGUCACAGUAGUAUGUCUAAUGAAACUGGUGAUUUUUGUGAUUUGGGUCCAUUUAGAAGGCUGAUUUUGUCACCGCUUCAUGUUAAGGAAUUGAAUUCAUCAGGUGGAUUUUUGAGCUCUAUCACACAUGGAGCAAAUGAGAUUGCUUCUACGGUGCGUGCAAGCAUUAGAAGUCAGAGCAAGAAGUACAAGCAUGGUAAUGAAUCCUCUGUUGACACAGGUAAUAUUGGUAGCACUUGUGACCCAACUACAGAAAGCACAGCUGAUGCAUAUCCUACAGUAAAUGGUUCUCAUGUUGUGGAAGAAAGCUGUAAUGGUAGCUUGCAUGUGGAGAGUCCUCGCCAUGGUGGUAGUGUUGCUAGGUUGGAAUCUAAACCUAGUUUUAAAAGAAGUGGAUCCCUUAAUCAGAAGGAUGAAUAUCAAUAUCAAAUGUUAGGAAUGAAACAGAGAUAUGAAAUAAUUGAUUUGCCUCCAGAUGCAAGACCAUUGUUAGUCUUCAUCAAUAAGAAGAGUGGCGCUCAGCGUGGAGAUUCCCUCAGGCAGCGUUUGAACUUUCUUUUGAACCCUGUUCAGGUGUUUGAAUUGAGCUCAACACAGGGGCCAGAAGUAGGCCUUUACUUUUUCAGGAAGGUGCGCCACUUCAGAGUUCUCGUAUGUGGUGGUGAUGGUACUGUUGGCUGGGUUUUGAAUGCCAUAGACAAGCAAAAUUUCAUUUCUCCUCCACCUGUAGCUAUUCUUCCUGCUGGAACUGGAAAUGACCUGGCUAGGGUAUUAUCCUGGGGAGGUGGUCUGGGCGUAGUUGAGAGACAAGGAGGCCUUUGCACAUUGUUACAUCAUAUAGAGCAUGCUGCGGUAACUAUUCUUGAUCGGUGGAAGGUAGCUAUUGUAAAUCAAGGAAAGCAACUUCAGUCACAUAAAUUUAUGAACAACUAUCUAGGAGUUGGGUGUGACGCAAAGGUUGCACUGGAUAUCCACAAUCUGAGGGAGGAGAAUCCAGAGAAGUUUUAUAACCAGUUUAUGAACAAAGUUCUCUAUGCAAGAGAAGGUGCUAGAAGUAUAAUGGAUAGGACAUUUGCAGACUUUCCAUGGCAAGUUAGAGUGGAAGUGGAUGGUGUUGACAUAGAGGUUCCUGAGGAUGCUGAGGGUGUCCUUGUUGCAAACAUUGGAAGCUAUAUGGGUGGUGUAGACCUAUGGCAAAAUGAGGAUGAAUCCUAUGAUAACCUUGAUCCGCAAUCCAUGCAUGAUAAGCUGCUAGAGGUUGUAAGCAUAUCUGGAACUUGGCACCUUGGAAAGCUUCAGGUGGGGCUUUCUCGUGCUCGAAGGCUUGCACAGGGUCGGUCAAUAAAGAUACUGCUUCUUGCUCCAUUGCCUGUACAGAUUGAUGGAGAACCUUGGUUUCAGCAGCCAUGUUCUUUGAUUGUAUCCCAUCAUGGACAGGCUUUCAUGUUAAAGAGGGCAGCUGAGGAACCUCUUGGUCAUGCAGCUGCCAUAAUUACUGAUGUACUUGAGAAUGCUGAAACUAACCACGUAAUUAAUGCUUCACAGAAGAAAGCACUUCUUCAAGAAAUGGCACUUAGGCUUGGUUAGUGGCAUCGCUGAUAUUGUGGUUUUACACUGCUGCUUGUAUCUCUUGAUUCUCUUCAUACAAAUGUUAUGCGUUUUGGUGUUUAACUUAGUGCCUUUGCCAAGGCGGGUCUGUAAAUUCAAUUUAUAGUUAAUAGUUUUCCCCAUGUUGAAAACAGGCAGAAAGGGGAGAUUUUGGAUUUGUUGUGAAAGAAAAUAUAGAAAUAUGAUAGGGAAAAGUGAAUUAUCAUCCCUUGCCUUUGUAUCUUCCACUCGGUUCAUUUUAUAGCCUGGAUUUGCGAGUUGUUGCC